AUGUUUAGACGUACAGUUAUUAUCGGGAAAAGGUGCAGCUCGAGAAAAGCUGUUGCCAAAUCCUCGAACCCAGCGAUGCCCUUUCCUUGCCUGGACAAAUUAGACAUCAUAAGUGCUAGGUUAAGGCAAGAUGUUAGCAAUAGCAUGAAUGAUAAAGGUUUAAACUCGAAAUUAAGUCGAAAGGAGUUAGGGGACUCGAAGAACAAUGUUUUUGAGUAUCAUAACAUCAGUACGGCAUAUCAAAUAUUUCAUUCUGAAAAACCAUUAUUUCUUGAUUAUGGAGGUAUGCUACCAAAUUCAAAAAUCGCUUUUGAAACAUGGGGGGAACUUAAUGGAGAUAAGUCGAAUGCAAUAUUAAUACACACUGGAUUAAGUGCUUCUUCUCAUGCUCGCUCUAGUGAGUUUGAUCCGACACCCGGUUGGUGGGAAAAUUUUAUUGGACCUGGAAGUAAGAUUGUAGACACUAAUAAAUUCUUUGUCAUUUGUACAAAUGUGCUAGGGGGAUGUAAUGGAUCUACUGGACCUUCUUCAAUUGAUCCUGCGGACAAUAAACAUUAUGCUACCAGAUUUCCAAUGUUGUCAAUACAGGACAUUGUUCGUGCUCAAAAUAGGCUUAUAAGGGAACAUUUUGGGAUCAGGAAACUCUUUGCAUCUAUAGGGAGUUCUAUGGGGGGGAUGCAAUCCUUAGCAUAUGGACAAUUGUUUCCUGAGGAGGUUGAAAACAUUAUUUCCAUAUCUGCAUGUGCUAAAUCUCAUCCUUCAAGCAUUGCGAUGAGGCAUGCCCAGAGGCAAGUUUUAAUGUCUGAUCCAAAUUGGAAUCGUGGGUUUUACUAUCCAUCUGCAGAACAUCCUGAUAGAAUUCCGCCUCAUGUUGGAAUGAAAUUAGCCCGUGAAAUUGCUACAGUUACUUAUCGUUCUGGUCCAGAAUGGGAGUACAGAUUUGGCAAUGAAAGGCUAGAUGACACCAAACCACCAACGUUAUGUCCUGACUUUCUAGUGGAAACAUAUUUGGAUCAUCAGGGAGAAAAGUUUUCUCUAGAGUAUGAUGCUAAUUCUCUUUUAUACCUAUCCAAAACCAUGGACCUUUUUGAUCUUUCUAUUUCUCACCUACGAAGGAGUGAAGUCAAUCGCAGAGCAGUAUUCGAAAAUAUGGAACAUGGGUACCCUCUGUGCCAUACGACAGCAUAUGAACCUCGUAAACCUAAAAAGUUUUCCAGGACCACAACUCCACAAGAAAGCCAUGAGGAUUUGGCUUUGGGAAUGGAACCUCUACGGAAUAAAAACCUGUUGGUAAUUGGUGUCAAAUCUGAUACCUUGUUCCCAUAUUGGCAGCAGAGACAUAUAGUGGACUUAUUGGGAAAUGGUCCUAAUGUCAGGCAUAUUGAACUUGAUGAAUCUCAAUCAUUAUAUGGCCAUGAUACCUUUCUUUUGGACACCAAAUAUAUAGGAGCAGGGAUAGGAAACUUCUUAGAAAGACUAUCUUGA